UAGCGGUGGUCACGGACCCGCCGCCCGCCCCUCCGCUCCGUUCCGCGGCCUGCCGGCUCCCUCUCCGCGCCCAGCGCCCCCGGGGUGCAGGAGCCCUCCCCGGGGAGGCGGGCUGCAGCUGGGUCGCUUGUGCCGCCGAAGAAGCCGGGAGUGUAACUUUUAGAGCUUUGCAGUGGGAGUCAGACGUGCCCCUCCUGGCUCUGCCUUUGCCUGGAAGCGCCAGCUUCAUCAGAUGAAGGAGUGAUACUCUUGAAACAUGACAAAAAAAUGGACUAAUUAAAAGUUUUCCUAUUUUCAGGAAACCCCCCCAAAAUGUAUAGAUCAGCAGAAACAGUCAAACGUCGACUCAACAUGCAUGCUCCUCCUCGGAUAAGAAGCGUGGAAGUCGCUAGAGGAAGAGCAGGCUAUGGGUUUACUCUUUCUGGACAAGCUCCUUGUGUUCUUAGUUGCGUUAUGAAAGGAAGCCCUGCAGAUUAUGUUGGACUUAAAGCAGGAGAUCAGAUAUUUGCAGUUAAUGAAAUCAAUGUGAAAAAAGCCUCUCAUGAAGAUGUAGUGAAACUUAUAGGAAAAUGUUCUGGAGUCCUCCACAUGGUCAUUGCUGAAGGGAUUAGUCAUAUAGAUUCAUGCUCGAGUGAUGAGGAAGUUGGUUUUUAUGAUGGUAAGGGGUGGCUGAAGCCCAAACCUGACUCUAAAGCUCUGGGUAUAAACAGAGCAGAGAAAGUUGUUGAAGAAAUGCAGUCUGGUGGCAUUUUCAACAUGAUCUUUGAGAAUCCUAGUCUUUGUGCUGGUAACUUAGAUAAUUCUGCAUCAAAACAAAGAUCAUUUUCAGAUUCUGCUGCUAUUAAAUUUGAAGCUGGAAAUGAAAGUGUAAGCAAUCCAAACCUCCUGUCAAAGGAAGAAAUAUCCAAAGUCCUGCAUGAUGAUUCAGUUUUUAGAAUUGGGCUGGAGAGUGCAGAAGACUUUGGGUUAGAUGCAAGCAUUUUAAAUGUUGCCAUGAUUGUAGGUUACCUAGGCUCAAUUGAACUUCCUUCAACAACCUCAAAUUUGGAAAAUGAGAGUUUGCAGGCUAUUCGCGGAUGCAUGAGACGUCUGCGGGCAGAACAAAAAAUCCAUUCGCUAGUGAUGAUGAAGAUAAUGCAUGACUGUAUUCAGCUCUGCAGUGACAAAUCAGGUGUAGUGGCAGAAUACCCAGCAGAGAAACUAGCAUUCAGUGCUGUUUGCCCAGAUGAUAGGAGAUUCUUUGGACUAGUUACAAUGCAAACAAAUGAUGAUGCAAGCUUGGCUCAGGAAGAUGAAGGGGUUCUGAGGACAUCUUGCCACGUUUUUAUGGUGGAUCCUGAAUUAUUUCAUCACAAAAUUCACCAGGGCAUAGCAAGACGUUUUGGACUGGAAUGUACAGCAGAUCCAGACACAAAUGGCUGUCUGGAGUUUCCAACAUCAUCUCUACCUGUUCUUCAGUUUAUUUCUGUCCUGUACAGGGAUAUGGGGGAAUUGAUUGAGGGAAUGCGUGCGAGGGCUUUUCUUGAUGGUGAUGCAGAUGCCCAUCAGAAUAAUAGUACAAGCAGUAACAGUGAUAGUGGAAUCGGAAACUUCAACCAAGAAGAAAAGAAUAAUAGAGUUAUCGUGGUUGAUUUAGGCAGCAAUCCAAGUAAACACAUUCCUAACAGUAUAUGGGAAAAUCCAGUAGGAAGGGGACAAAAUCAGCCCGCUUCCCAUUGGAAUGGCUUCUGUCAUGAACAAGAAGGAAACAUUCCUUUAGAAGUAAUUCAGAAUGAUAAGUCCCAAAAUGUUAGCAAACACUUAAGUCCUUCUGCUCGUAUUGAAGUUCCACUGGUUUCUUCCCGAAAUUCAGUACCCCCAUCAAAGAAAAACCCAGCGGGCACAGGCAAUCAGAGGUGGCUGCCUGUGCAUGUUUUACAAGAAUGGCAGCAUGGAAAUGCUAGCGACCAGGAGUCGUACACUGAUUCUACAGAUGGCUGGUCAAGUGUUAACUGUGGAACUCUUCCCCCACCAAUGAAUAAGAUUCCAGCUGACAGAUACAGAGUUGACGGCAGCUUUGGUCAGCCACAGUUAAAAUCUCAUAAAAACGAAUGGUCUAAGAAGAUGUUUUGCAUGCAGAACAAAUUUGGCCCUCCACACAGUAUUAGGAAGUCUAAAGAAGAUAAAAAGGGUGCAAAAUUUGGACAUCCAAUGGGAUUAAAUCAGCCUCCUCCCCCACGUUCUUCUGUUCGAAGAUCAUUUGGAAGAUCUAAGCGAUUUAGUAUUACUCGUUCUCUGGAUGACCUUGAGUCAGCAACUGUUUCUGAUGGAGAGCUGAAUAGUACUGACUUAAAAGACUGCAUCAGUGAAAACAGCCUCAGUAGCAAUGCCAGUCUUCCCAGCGUACAGAGCUGUCGACGACUUCGAGAAAGAAGAGUUGCAAGCUGGGCUGUUUCAUUCGAGCGUCUUCUUCAGGAUCCGGUUGGUGUUAAAUAUUUUUCGGAAUUUCUACGGAAAGAAUUUAGUGAAGAAAAUAUUUUAUUUUGGCAGGCCUGUGAAUAUUUUAACCAUGUACCUGCACAUGAUAAAAAAGAGCUUUCUUACAGAGCUCGAGAGAUCUUCAGUAAGUUCUUGUGUAGCAAAGCUACAACUCCAGUUAAUAUUGAUAGCCAGGCACAGUUGGCAGAUGAUAUUCUCAAUUCUCCACAUCCAGAUAUGUUCAAGGAACAGCAACUUCAGAUAUUUAACUUGAUGAAGUUUGAUAGCUAUACUCGCUUUCUCAAAUCCCCCCUUUACCAAGAAUGCAUCUUAGCUGAAGUAGAAGGUCGUCCUCUUCCUGAUCCUCAGCGUGUUCCCAGCAGCCCCACUUCUAAACACAGCAUCAGUUCAGAGAAGUCCAAUAUCUCAACACCAAAAAAGUUAAGUGGUAAAUCCAAGUCAGGAAGAUCUUUAAAUGAAGAGUCAGGAGAGGAGGACACUGAGAAGAAAAAAAGGGGAACAUUUUUCUCAUGGUCAAGAAGUAAGAGUUUGGGAAAAUCACAGAAGAGAAAAGAAAAUGGCGAUUAUCCAAAUGAUUCUAUUCAGUCCAAUGGAUUAUCAUAUAGACGGGAAUCACAAGGCUCCAUGUCAUCAACCGCUAGUCUUGACUUGUCUGAAGCCUCAAGGUUACCUGCAUUUGUACCAGAUAAAGAGAAAUCCCCCAAAUACUGCUGUAUAAAUCUUCCGGAUGGUUCAUCCAGCAAAAUGGCUGUUAAAUCCGGAUUCUCUAUCAAAGAGGUGCUAUCUGGCCUCUGCGAGAAACAUGGCAUUAACAUAGCUGCGGUGGACCUUUUUUUAGUCGGGGGUGAUAAGCCACUUGUAUUGCACCAAGACAGUAGCAUCCUGGAGUCUCGGGACCUACGUCUAGAAAAACGCACUUUAUUUCGGCUGGAUCUUGUUCCAAUCAAUCGAUCGGUUGGUUUGAAGGCUAAACCCACCAAACCAGUAACAGAGGUCUUAAGGCCUGUGGUUGCAAAAUAUGGUUUAAAUCUUAAUGAACUUGUGGCAAGACUAAAUGGUGAGCAGGAACCACUUGAUCUUGGUGUCCCUAUAUCUAAUCUGGAUGGUCAGCGUGUUGUUCUAGACGAAAAAGAGCCAACAAAGGGUAGAGUGUUUACAGAUAAACAAAAAGGUGCAUCAGUAAAACAGAGUGCAACUGUAACUACUUCAAGAAAUCAAGUAUCUACUGGAGAGGGAAGAACUCUAGGAAAGUCUAAUUCUAUCAAAAUGAAAGGCGAAAAUGGAAAAAAUGCUAGGGAAGUCCGGCUGUCAAAGAGAGAAGACUCUAUUGCAAAGAUUGGGAAAAAAAAAUGUCAGAAAAUAAAUUUGGAUGAAGCAGAGGAAUUUUUUGAACUCAUAUCCAAAGCUCAAAGUAACAGAGCAGAUGACCAACGUGGACUGCUAAGGAAAGAAGACCUUAUUCUUCCUGACUUUCUUCGUUUACCGCCCACUGGACCAGAACCAUCCUCAUCUACUCCCACAGGCCCUAAAGGGCGAGUUUCAAAAAAUGAUGGCAAGGAUGGAUGUACAUCACCAAGUGGAAAACAGGAGUCCGUACAAAACUUUAAUGAAAAUUCAGUUAAGAAAAUGGGUUACUCAGAAAAUAAACAUAAAUCUGCUUUGACAGCACUCCACAGUCAGAAGACUAUCAGUGUUCCUUUUAAUACCGCAUUGUCUCCGAUUCCACAUGCACAGGAAAACAAUGCAACGAUAUGGAAAAGGCAGUCAAGAGAGUUACAAGCUGAAGGCAUACAGAUGGUAGAUGAUGAGAACGUGGCAGACUUGACUCUUGUGGCUGAAGGAGAUAUUAGUAGCCCUAACAGCACUUUGCUACCACCGCCACCACCAACGCCACCGUCAGACAUCAGUAAACUCACAGAAGCCAACUAUCCACCCCCAACUCCUUUUGCAGGUAAUCAGGAAAAAUCUGGAUAUCAAAGAUCCAAUUCAGGUGCAAACCACAGAAAGAAAAAAGAUUCGCAAGGAAAUUCUUGUGAGCAUACCUCUCACAAAGUGAAGACCAGCAGAAGCUUUAAUCUUUCUGGUGCGAGAGAGAACCCCGGUACGGAGCUCCCUGUAAACAGGAUCAUCGACGUGGAUGGAGUCAAACUGGAUGACACGGGCACACGCUCCUGUGGCGAUUCUGAAGGGAACCUCAGCUUCGAAGGUUACAUCUCUGAACUGAGGUCCUGCCAAGGGAGGAUGAGGACUGGAGUUUAUAGGACAUCAGACCUUCCAUCUCUGAUUACUGUCAAGAGUGAGAAGAAUAAGGGCACUGAGAAUCAGUAUAAAGCUACUUUUGUUUAAAUCUCUGUUUUUAAUCAAGAGUUCUGGUAUUUUUGCUUGGCAUCAGCAGCAAUGGAGAUAUCCCUUAGAGACAUGUUCCUGCAAGUUGUAAGUUUUUUUCAGUACCCGUUGCCUUCAACAAGCCUGCCAGACCAUCUCUUCUGAUAGGAAUUAGAACCCAUAGAGUGAAAAAACAGUAUUUCGAUGAAAGUAUUCAGCUAUUUGUUUUUGUUCUCUUACCAUUUCUAUAUCAUUUUCCCUGGGAUGAUUCCAUUGCACAGUGCAAUUAAAAUUAUUAUUUCCACCCCUACCCUUCUUAUAAAGACAAACUCACUUUAAAUUCCCCUAUACAAACUUUUUAUUUAAGAUAAUUUCACUUUAAUAUUCUAAUGUUUUUCCUGGUCUGUAGGAUUCCCUGUGUGUCAGUAGAGUUUUGAAGUAGAAGUAAAAUCAGUUACGGGUGUAAAAAGAUUAGGAUUAUUUUCUUAAUACCUUCCUAUCUGUCUCAUAACAUUUGGGCAGAGGUCCAGGUGGAAUUCAGUCUUGUCUAGUGCAUUACCUGGAUGGACAGAUGCAAUGAGACCAUUGUUAUACAAGCACUAAGAAGGGGAAAAAAGAAAAAAAAAAAAAAAAGCUGUGAAUUUCCUGUGCUAGGAAUAUUAGCUGCUCCCAUAGCCAACACUGAUGACAUUUCCAUACCAGAAAUGUAUAUACUAAUGACAUAGUGGUGGGACGGUCAUCCAGGUCCCUAUUCAUCACUGCUCUUGGUGUCUCAGCUUUGGGGGGAGGCGGAUUUUGUUAUUGUUGUUUCAAUAAGCAGUUAAGUGCCCCUCAUCCUUCUUGUCAUUAAUUCUAGUUUCAGUUAAUCUUCUAGCCUUGGGCAGAGUUUUGAGACUACUGAACAUGUUGCUUUUGCCACCCGCUCCUUUUCCUGCUUUCCCAUUUCUUGGGAAGAGGUUAUGAGUCCGGGCAAGCAAAAGGGUACAUAAAGAAAUGCAAGCGUUGGACCUCUGCUCAUCAACGUGAAACAGUAUCGAGUGUAUAUACUGAGACCUUCUGGUGGUUCACUGCUUUGAAAUUGUUGUGAGACUUAAAAAGUCACGUUGCAUAGCUCCUAGACUUACUGCCCACAGGCAGUAAGUGUGAAGUGUUGCAGUAGUUAUUCUCUAACUUCUCUUUCUUUGCUCCUAAAGCCUGCCAAGAAUUGUGAAUUUUCUGAAUAGCCAAGAAUACUGGAGACACUCAGUUUCUUAAACUCAGAUCUGUAAGAUGAGAAAGAGGUACAUAUGAUUUUAAAACAGUAAAGUAAGAUUCCUAAAGCUUGAGGAAAACCCUUGUUAACAUUAGGCUCUACUCAAUCUGUGACUGAAUGAGGAUAUAUCUGAUGAAAUAGAUGCUCUUUUAAAAACUUUCAAGAUUGAAAGGAAUUUGAGAAUCAUGCUAAAAUCAUAGUGGUGUAAUGAUACUAGAGACUUGGGGAAACACAGCGGGCAGCAGUUGAGGUCGGAACCAGAGGUGAGUGAACAGGCUUGGAAACUGAUGUACCUGGGUACCAGUCCUGGACUGUGCUGUUAAACUACAGCCAUAGCAUGCGGGCGCAGGCUGACUUUGCAAGCACUCAGACUAUACCUGUGCUGAGGACAAAGGGGGAAAGCUUUUAUACAGAUCCAUAGCAUAUGUUGUUUUGUGAUGUACUAUAUAUCACCUGUGUGGGACACAACGUAACAAAACAGUCAUAGCCCAAUGAUGUGAAAAUGUUUCAGUAUCUAUGUAUUUUUAAAGUGUUUUUCCUUUUUUUUUUUUUUUUGCUAAUAAUUGCCCAUGAAAGGAUAUUUCUUUGCACAGAUAAAUGGCCACAUUUUUUUCCUAUCUUCAGGAAAAUUAUUAGCUUUGUCGUUCUAAUCAAGACCGACAUUACACGAGUCAAACUCAAGAGAUGGCUUUUUGACCUGUGAUACGCUUUGCCGUUUUUGAGUGUCUUGGAAAAUCAAAUCCUGGCUCCAUACAGGUAAAAGCUUGAAAUUCAAAUACAGUAAUUACAUUCUUUAUUAAUCUCUGAUCAGUGUUUUAGAUGAAACAAGGUUGCUUAUCUUACAUUGUGCAAGUGCGCUUAGAUGACUUUUAGUAGCAAUACAAAAUUCUUCAGCUGGAAAAAGAGACAGCUGAGGGGAGAUAUAAUAAAGUCUGAAAAAUCUUUAGUGCCAUGCAAAGGGAUUGAUUAUUCACACUCUUUUCUAAUACAAGAUUUAGAGACCAUCAGAUGAAGCUAGAAGAAGCCAGGUCCAAAUCAAAGAGUCAGUUCUUCACCUUCUCCUGUUUUCUGUCCACAAGCUCCUGUGCUCAGAAGAAAAAAAGGCAAAUAAAAAUGCUGGUUUUAAAUUCUGAGUGCAGCAAACUGGAUUUGAUUGUAUCAAGGAUUCAAAGGGAAUUUGACAGCACGGGAGAGUCAAGCUGCGUGCAGGAAAAUGAAGGAUGUGAAAGAACGGAGUUUUCUUUAACAUAGGGAAAAAUCUUGGCACAAUGCCUGGAAAUCCUGUAAGCCAAGGGACAUGGGAAAACCCGUUCCUCCCCGUGCUGCACUGUUGUGCCAGUUAUUGGCAUAUUGUCUAAAACAAUGACUUCUUAGCUAGGACUCAUGGAAAUUCAUUACUUAGACUGAGAAAUAAUUAAUAAUAUUAGGUCUCCUAUUCAAUAUCUGGUGAAAUAUAAAAGCUAAACCUGCUGGGAUCAGUUGCCAUGGAUCAUGGAGUUAAUAAAAAUGAAUGUGGACAGCCUGUCUCUGGCUGAUGUUUUCCAAGAUUUUGCUAAGGAUGUUGUCCAGUUUUAAUUACUGCAUGACUUCUACAUUAUAAUAUGAUUUUAAGUUGCCUCAUUAUACUGUGAUUUCCACUACUAAUGAAAUUACUGGCAAUUAAAGAAACAGCCCAACUGAAGUGCUGCAUGAUAGUUUAAUCCUUUAUUUUGCCAGCUAGUUCCUAAAAACAAUCAGAUUUUAUGUGGCUUUAUUUCACUUAGAAAAUCCUGCAGCAUUCUAAAGCUUAUUUAGUAUACCAAUUCUCUCAUAUUUCACUUCUUGUUACAGUAUCUGAUUUUCAAAUAAUUGUUUCAGCCUCAUAGGCUCCACAACAGUCACUUUUUUUUUUUUUUUUACUUUAUUUUAUUUCAAAGGCUCUGUGAAGAAUAGAAGAUAUGCAUAUAGGCAAACUUGUGAAGGGACUUCCCCCUUAGCAUUACUAUAGCAGUGUGCCUUGUCAACAAAUUUGUGAUAUAACACACAUGCAAAAUAAACCACUGCGCAGUUUAGCUCUGGGGGACUGCGUGACAAAUAACCGAUGGUUUUUGAAGGCACAUAAACAGGCUUUGCAAAGAGACUUUGCAAGAGAUUUACUGCUCUGUGGGAAGGAGCCAAUACCUGACUGUGCCAUGUCCUUUCUCAUGCUCCUGAAAGUCUUCUGGGGGCUAUUUAAUGUCUUUCAAGGAUGCUGGGACCUUCGUGCACUACUUCUCUGCCUGAAAGCUUUGGCCUCUUUUCUUGCCUUUGCUGUAGCGUGCAUUGCUUCAGUCCUCCUUCUCUUCUGACGCUGGAAUUCACUGUUAACAGAAAACUGUUACAAGACGCGGCUCAGCCGGUAGCCUCCUUAUCUCAUUGUACCAGAGAUAAUCAGGACUUAUAAGCUUAUUUUGAUUUUUUGGAAGUAACCUGAUUUUUGCCCCAAAACUGAAAUCCUUGCCAGUAGUUGUUUCUCAGUAGUGGUGCCACUGCUCAUCCCAGACCUCUCUGACACAGUAUCGAUAGUGAAUGUCGUUUAAAAUUGUCUUUCCUGAGGUACUUGGUAGCUGGCAGACUGGGCGAGUGUGUGCCGUGAUGCAAACACCUGGAGGCAUAUUUGCACAAGUUCUCAAAGAUUUUGAAUAGUUUCCAAAGGCUCAGUUAGACAAAGGCCACGGCCCAACGGCAGGUCCUUAUCAAGAGGUGUGAGAAGCCAAAACCGUUGCAGGUCCAAGGCAAUCCUCCUAACUCUCAACCGCAGCUCAUUGUGCUGGGUUUAGAAACAACCGCAUUUUCUGCAUCAACAGGCAGAUUUCCAGGCUUUGUGGGAAUGGAGCAAACCUGUGUGACAACACUGUUGCUCUGCGGAAAGUGUGGGUGUUUUUACCCUGCAGCAAAAACAAGUGGCACAUCCAAGUACUUCUCUCUGCCUGUGCUCUUGGAACAGCAUCCCAAGUCUGGCAUCAUAGGCUACUGAACAGCCGGGAGAUUUGUGAACCCUAAUCCAAUACCUAUUAAAUCACAGGAAAAGCUUUCAUUGAUCCCACUGAAAUGUUUCCUUGCUGUAGACCAACUGUCAUUUUUAGCCAGAUUGCUCUUGACUUUUUUCUGAAGACUUUUAUUUGCUGAGAAGAGCUGGAUGACCAGGCGUCUGCAAAUCUUGCCUGUGUUACUCAAAAUGUUAGCAAAUCCAAAUGUUACACAUGAACCAACAUAUUUUCUGAAUUGUUUGUGUGGAAGAUAAGGAAAGAAAAUUGUUUAUAUUUUUUUCAUCCCAAGUGAUCAUUCUGUUGUACAGUCUAAAAAUGUUGUUGUACAGAAUUUGAUUUGUAUUCUUGUUUUGUUUGUGGUUUUGUCUUUAAACUCCUAUAUAAUAACUUUCUAAUAUGAAAACGCACAUUGGAUUUAUUUCUCAUGCCUUGU